ACAUCAGUCAGGCAGUCAGUCAGUUGUGAUGGUGGUUACGUUCGUCUUCUGUCAAGCUUUGGUCAGCCAAAGCUGAAAAUUGGUGGUUGUGGCACUCGAAGGUCUCACAGCCUACCUAGAUUGGGAAAUAGGAAGAAAGAAACAGAAAAAAACUCAGGAAUAACGUGAAUCUAUCUGCAGGUAUCGUGUUGUAGACUGGUCUCGCCUUCUGCAGCAGUGUUCUGGUGGGAGGAUUGCGUCAACAACCACCACACUAAAGUGAAACAAAUUACGCAUCAACUAAAGGGAAAAUGGACUAGAAGUUUGAUUAGUGAAACCAAUCCAAGCAGGCCAACAACGUUACGUUACGUGGGUCGGGCGUAGAGAGACCGAAGAAGAUGUCGUCAUUCAGUGAGUGCUAGAAAAGAUCCAAGUGUGCCGUGAAAGCAACAAAGUCUACAGAAAACAUCCAAGUGUGCGAAGAAAAGGGGUUCAAGGAUACGGGGCCAGGGGAUCAACAACAUCAGCUGCUCGGACCAUAUUGACGAAGAGUUGUGGGCAGGGGGCAAUUGAGUAUCCCACAGGCAGCGAGCACAUCACAGGCCCAAGAAUGCUGUAGUGGCAAAGGGGGGAAUGUUUUCCUUUCUCCUUCCUUUGCCAACGUAAAUGUAUCAGCACCUUUUGUUUACCCGACUACUGCGUUCGACGGACGAGAGCAAAAAACCUUCGAGGGAAACAAACAGUGACGGCCAGCAGACGGUAACCCCGAUUCACGUUCUGCGCCUACUGUGGUUACACAAGACGGCGGAGCCAAACAUCGUCAGCUGAAAGUUUGUAAUCUGCGAGAGAAUCCAUCUAGUAGUCGUCACAUUGCCACAACACCAUCAUCCAAUCCAAUCGAACACUGUGUGCGCGAUGGAAGAAGAAUCGUAAACGCUUCAGUUUGAAAUUGGCUGACAGAGGGCCCUAAGUGCGGAAGAACAAAGAAACGUAAUAUAUCGAGUGUUUCGGUGGACUUUGUGCGAUUCUUUGUGGCAAGAGGCGAAAUUUGAGAGAGCCAGAACGAAGAAGAUGGCCGAUUUCGAUGCGAUAUACGAGGAACAGGAACUGGCCGAGCCGGAAGAUCUGGAGGAGGGCCACGUUCAGAUGGUGCCGGAUCCGAUCGUCAUACGUGGGGCAGGAAAUAUGACAGUAUUCGGUCUGAGCAAUCGCUUCAACGUGCAGUUCCCAGCCGGUCUGGUGUCGCGCGUUGCCCCCGAAGAGUUCAAAGCCACCAUCCUGCGGAUCAAUGCGGUCCUCAAGAAGACACUUCCGGUCAACGUGAAGUGGCUGUUUUGCGGCUGUGUGUGCUGCUGUUGCACCCUCGGAUGUUCCCUAUGGCCUGUGAUAUGUUUAAGUAAGAGGACUCAACACACUAUGAACAAGCUGCUCGAGUGGGAGAACAGCCAUCUGUACCACAAACUGGGUCUUCACUGGCGGCUUAGCAAGCAGCACUGCGACUCCAACUCGAUGAUGGAGUACGUGCUGCUGAUAGAGUUCAUACCCAAAACUCCGAUCUACCGUCCGGACUAAUUGGGAGGGUUCUUCCUUUGCUGAAUUGUGUUUUCACUUUCGUUUGUAAUGGUGGUCUCCGAUACCCCAAAACUAAGCGACUGAACGGUAGGGGCUUGACCCCAUGACCCCUCUAUUGUGUAUAAGAAUUUCCAAGAUGGGUUUCCACCACUACUUGAAAGUGCUCUGAUACCGAAUGUCGGACGAUCGGAACCACUGGAUACCAACUUUAUUACGUUAUCAUAGAACUAGUAGUUGUAAUUGUGAAGCGUUUUUGUCGGUAGAAUUUAGUUGAUCCUCUCUGUUUUUGAGGGCAGCAAGUACCCUGCUACUCGCUCAAGAGUAGUCGGUGAUCGUCAGAAAAAAAUGCGUAUUGUUUAUAUAUUCGAAUUAAUUGUACAAAAAAAUCUGAAUCGAAUUCGUUAUUGGACAGCAACACUUUGUUUCUUGAGAAAAUGAAUAUUCAUUAGGAUCGCAGUCGUAGAUUAUUCAAGGUUUAAUCGUUGCGGUCCGAUGGGCAGCAAAGACACAGAAUUAUCCAAGUGAGAACGAAUAUUUGUAAUCUUGAAUUUAAAGAAGAAACAAAAAACAAAACACUCAAGUGAUCUUAGGCAAGCAACAAAUAGAAGAGAGCGAAAAACCAUAUAAAUGAGAUACAAAGAUACUACAAUACUAAAUGCCAACUGGCAUUUUCGAAGCUCGGUACACGUAAUCGAGCGGUGAUGAUUUCUGAUUAAAAAAAAAACACGCGAUAAAGCGCGCAAAUGCGAGCAAAUAUUUAGCACUAGAAAGUGAUUGUGUAUAGUGUAUAGAGAAUUGUUUAGCCAUUUAAGAUGAAGCAAAUACAGAAUGGAAGAAAUUAUUUGAA